AUGUCGGCUACGGAGAACGAAACGCCGACGGACUCCCGCGCGGGGACUACGCAGCCGGAGUCAACACUGGCUUCUUCACCAGUAGCCUCGACAGAGGCAAACGACAUUGCAGCCGAAGCGAAGGAAAUAGCAGACUCAGAAGAUGUUGAAGAAAUGGAUAGCAAGGCCAAGGCCCUGAUGCAUUUACUUAAAACCAGCUCGGUGUUUGUCGCCAUCAUGUCGGACAAGAUGAAAAAGCAGCAAGAAGAUGCGAAGUUGGCCGCAGCCAAGCGUAACCAACAAGCUACAACUGAACUAAAGAAACCAAAACCUGCUCCCGAGCCCGCUCGUCGGGCUACUCGAACUCGGACCGCGGAAGAUAAUUCCCAUGUUGAGCGUGACACCACUGAUAAAAAGUCUAAACGAGGACGACCUAUCCGUUCCUCUGAGACCAAUGGAAGUUCCAUUUCCAGUUAUUUCAAAAAGGCGGAUGUGGAAGUCACGGAGGAAAACCCAUCCGUGCAGCAAGCGCUUGAACGAGCAGCAGAUGACUAUGAGGCAAACCCCACCGCUUUAGGUGAGCAAGAGCUAGUUGCAACUCAACAACCCAAACUCGUAACCGGAGGCAAAAUGAGAACGUACCAGCUGGAAGGCCUGGAGUGGCUGAAGUCCUUGUGGAUGAAUGGACUAUGCGGUAUUUUGGCUGAUGAAAUGGGCCUCGGCAAGACAGUGCAGGCCAUUUCUAUGAUUGCAUUCUUGAAAGAAAAGCAAGUCCAGGGUCCGUUUCUAAUUGCUGCACCGUUGAGCACGGUCAGCAAUUGGGUCGAUGAGUUCGCCCGGUGGACGCCGGGUAUCAACACCGUUCUCUACCACGGCUCGAAGAACAAGCGAGCAGCUAUUCGCCGCAAGCACAUGAGUAUGAAAAACCAGGGCGCUAUGGAUUUCCCCGUGGUGUGUACGUCUUACGAGAUUUGCAUGAAUGACCGGAAGUUCCUCGGUCAAUAUCAAUGGCGUUACAUUGUGGUCGAUGAGGGCCAUCGGCUUAAAAAUAUGAACUGCAAACUGAUCAAAGAGCUCCUAACUUACAAUUCGGCAAACAGACUGUUGAUUACUGGAACUCCUCUGCAAAACAAUAUCUCAGAACUUUGGUCACUCCUCCACUUUCUACUGCCCGAAGUGUUCAACGACCUGAACUCUUUUGAGGGAUGGUUUGACUUCUCAUCCGUGCUCGAUAACAACGGCCGAACCGAGGUUGUGGAAAAACGCAAGCGGAACUUAGUAACUAGCAUGCACGCUAUUUUGAAGCCGUUUCUCUUGCGUCGCUUGAAGACAGACGUGGAGCACUCGCUCCCGAAGAAGCGAGAGUACAUCUUGUACGCUCCUCUCACCCUGGAGCAGAAGGAUCUUUAUCGCGAGAUCAUCAGUGGAACGGGCCGUCAGUAUCUUGAAAACAAGGCUCUAGAGCGCAUUGAGAGUAAGAGUGCUUCGUCCUCUCGCUCCCAAAGCGCCAAACGCAAACGCAGUGACAGCGGCGGCUCCACCCCGACCAGAAGCACCAAAUCUAGCCGGACUCCCACAUCUGCGAGUAACGGAGAGACCUCUAAGCGUCGUCGUCGCAAUACCCGACAAACUUACCAAGACCAGAGUGACGGGGAAUUCGACGAACAUCUCCGGAAGCUCGAGUUGGGCAUUGAAGAGGAGGAAAAACAGGAGAACGAGGCCAGUGAUGGUGAGCUCGAGGAGCUAGAGCGGGCACAAAACUUGAAACUAGCGAAGAAGGAAAUUGCGCAGAAAAAGAUGCAAAAUCCUGUUUUGCAGGCACGACUCGCCUGCAAUUCACCUCAUAACUUCUACUGGCCUUGGAUGGAGGAGUCUGAUGUGGUUGAUGAAACACUUGUCACUGCAUCCGGUAAGAUGCUACUGCUAGACCGCUUGGUUUCUUGUCUCUUAAGAAAGGGGCAUAAAAUUCUCAUCUUCUCGCAGUUCAAAACUCAACUCGAUAUCAUCGAGGAGUAUGCAACGCAACUGCGCUCGUGGGAGUGUUGUCGGAUUGACGGUGCUAUUGCGCAGUCAGAUCGCCAAGCUCAGAUCAAAGCAUUCAACACCAAAAAGUCUCACAAAAUUUUCUUGCUGAGUACGAGAGCUGGCGGUCAAGGAAUCAACCUUGUGGCCGCCGACACUGUAAUUCUUUUCGAUUCUGAUUGGAAUCCACAACAAGAUCUUCAAGCUCAAGAUCGAGCCCAUCGUAUUGGUCAAACCAAGCCGGUUAUCAUUUACAGAUUGGCCACAAAGGGUACUGUGGAACAGACCCUGCUCGAGAAGGCCGAUUCUAAGCGCCGUUUGGAACGCCUUGUGAUUCAAAAAGGCAAGUUCCGGUCUUUGCUUGAUCCCAGUGCAACGUCCCAGGACGUGGAUGAACUCCGCAAAGUCCUGGGCGAAAACGAUUUCGAGCGUUUUGAUGUUGGGACAGAUCCUGCUUCUGUGCUAUCGGAUCAAGAGCUCGAUAUUUUGACGGAUCGCUCGGAAGAGGCAUACACUCGUGCCGAAAAGGGUCUCGAUAAGAACGGAGCUGCCUUUAUUGCGGUUGAAACCAAGCGCGAUCCCGGCGAGAGUCUUCUGUCCUGA